AAGAUGGCAUCCAUUCAGUUGCUCGUUCUGCUGGCAUCUCUACAGUUUGCGUCGGCAAUACGUACAUAUUACAUGGAUCAGCGCUGCAGUGAGACGUUGAACAUGACAAAGUUAGGGAUUGAAUCGGCUAAACUGAAACUUACCAGAUGGAGUAAAUACAGGAAUAACAUGGCAUGUUACCUGACCAUCGAGGCCCCCGUCAACAAAUUUAUCAUGAUCACAUUCCGUGAUAUUGACAUCAAAAGUGGGAUGUUUGACAGCUGUGAAGGAGAUAGACUGCAAAUCUUUGAUGGCAGGGACUCAUCUGUUAAUAUGGUUGGUGGUCUGACCUACAAGUUGUGUGGUGAGCGACGUCCCAGAGGAGCUUUCUACACAACACAGAGGUAUAUGACCUUUUUGUUUGAAAGUGACUCAUUCUUCACCGACGAUGGAUUCAGUCUUAUCUUCACGUCCUUCCAUACAGGAAUCUGCUUAUCAUCAGAAACAGCUUGUAAAAGGGGUCAGUGUAUAUCAAAGUCACUGGAGUGUGACGGGUACAACCAAUGUGGGGAUUCCACAGAUGAAUGUUCAAUAACAGGAGGGCCUAUUGCAGGAAUCAUUGUUGGUGCUAUUAUAGUUAUCGCAGUCGUUAUUGUGAUAUUUGUGUGCUGGCGUCGCAGGGCCACUCAAGGUGCUGUUAUCAAGUACAACUCACCAACAGAGCAGGCUACUGUAAUACCACCUCCAAGCUCCUACCCAGUCCAGCCCGUUCCUGCUCCACAAGCCUACCCUCAAGCACCCUAUCAGCCACCACCACUACAAGGUUACCCACAGCCUCCACCGCAAGGCUAUCCCCCAGCCCCGCAGCCUUACCCUACUGGACCACAGGCUUAUGCCCCUCCCCAGCAGCCCUAUCAGACAAUGCCUCCAAGUUACAACGAUGCCACGCAGAACCCAUACCCGUACGGAGCCCCAGGUACAGCCCCCUAUCCUCCGGAACCAAAAUAAAGAACGGACCUAAAGAUGUACACUGAAACCACAAUAUAACCUGUGAUUCACCUCUUUAUUCUGAGCAACAUCAAAAAGGUUUGGAUGGCAGCAAGAGUAUGGGAUCUUCACAUCAAUGGAAACAAGUUGUAUAUGAUUACUGAGAGCAAUAUGCCAAUGUGCCUAGUGGUACAAGAAUUGCUCUCAGGCUCUACUACUGAGUAAGACUAAAAAUAGAUAGUCUUAAAAUCUUCUACACAAUAGUUUAUCAAAGUGAAUACUAAUCUUUAUAGAAAUAUCACUUCAGUUAAUUUGGAAAUCACAAGCCUUUUAAACUAUAAUGUCUGUACAGAUAUUUGAUUGAUAGCAUUCCCCCAUACUAUGGGCCCAGGUCCUGUAUGUCCAAAUAUGUCAACGUCUUUAUCCUGUUUUUUUCAAUUAUACAUUGUGUAAUGUAAUUGUUCUUAAUCAGUAGUUGUACGACAAACAGUACAAUGUCACUAACACUUCAAUGUGCCUACAAGUUCAACAUAACCCAGUACCAAUAAAAUAACGUCAAAUGUUUACAGUUACCAUGGUAAUUAACCUUGCCCAUCAGCAGUAUACAUCAAUGUUAGCCUUUUUCAUAUGAAUGAGUUGUGCACAUUUAGAAAGGCCCUGGGAAAAUACAGUCUGAGUGAAAUAUGAUCUUUAAUGCCAAUAUGAAAUUAUUGAUGUUUUAGUGUACAAAAUCUCAAAAUAAUAAAACAUUUUUAAUUGUUUAUUUACUACAUGAUAUAUAAAUAUGCAAGUGCAGUGUAUCUUAAGUUUGAUGAUUGUUCAGUUGCUGUGGUAUCUAAAUGGUUGAAACAAAAAGCUGUACCAAGGUAGUAGUUUUGAGUCUGACAACCUGAACAUUUUCAUUAGUUGUGUUUCUUCAACCUUUGGGAUGGACAAAAACAACUGCUUGAUAUGGAAGAAUAAAGUAAAACAAAAAGAGGAUUAGCUUUCUGUCUUAUCUAGGUUAUAUUGGAUAAUUACACUUUAAUUUGGAUAAAUUUGGCAUAAAUGACUUGAUCAGGUAUUAGAAUUAUCUGAGUUCGAUUAUAGUUAUCCCCUGUUUUGUAAACAAAAUAGAAAAUUAACAAAUGAAAAAUACUAAUUGAUAAAAUUAACACUAUGACUUCUCACCUGUAAGGUCUUGUCAUAUUAUUGGCCAUUUCUGCUGAUCAGCAUCUUAAGGAUGGGUCCGUUCAGUCACACAAACUUAGUCAAUUUUCUGUAGUCUUGGUAUCCUACUAGGAAAACAUAUUUUGCAGAUUUUAUUUUUUGGGGUAAAUGUUAUCCCUAGAUAUACUUUCGUGAAUUUUAUUGCUAGAUUUGAAAAUGGAAACAAGUCUAGAAUACCAUGUGAUAGAGGUUAUAUGUACUUUGUAUAGCAUUUAAUGGCAUCCCUAGUUAGGUUGGUAGAGUGUUGGCCUGUAUAGCAUUUAAUGGCAUCCCUAGUUAGGUUGGUAGAGUGUUGGCCUGUAUAGCAUUUAAUGGCAUCCCUAGUUAGGUUGGUAGAGUGUUGGCCUACAAAACCUCAGAUGAAGAUAUGAGGUGAAUUGUUCAAUACUUCCUACCUGGUGGCAGUUUGUUUCUCAGGAAAUGGAGCAGUCUGUGUUGUCGUGAUUGUGUCCUUAUGUAAGACACUGUACCCUAAAUGCUCUAGAUGGCAUGUGACAGAUCUUCUGUAUGUUGUUCAGUGAGGUAGCUACCAGCUACAACAAAACAAAAACCCAAAAUGGCCCUGACUGUUCACAGCAGGAUAUACACAGCAAACCAUUAUAGCAUUUUAACAGAAAUGGCAAUUUGUAAAUACAAUAAAAUGUGUAAUUGUUAUUGUUAUUAACAGUGAGGAUUCUUAAAAGAUGUUGUAAAAUUACCUAUCUUCAGUGUUUGCCUUGUCUCUUCAUACUGUUUUACACUUUCUGAAAAAAAGUUGUUAUUAUGAUAUAAUUCAGUUCUCAACUCCGAUCUAUUUAUAGCCAGAGAUUUUAAACAUGAUUUUUUUAUGAUCUAAGACUUCUAUUGUGAUCUAUUAAUAACCUUCAGUCGCUAUCUGAUCUAUUUAUAACCCUAGGAUUCUACUCUGAUCUAUUUAUAACCCUAGGAUUCUACUCUGAUCUAUUUAUAACCCUAGGAUUCUACUCUGAUCUAUUUAUAACCUUAGGAUUCUACUCUGAUCUACUUAUAAUGUUAAGUCUCUACACUGAUCUAUUUAUAACUAUGAAUCCACAAUCUGUAUAUAACUGUGCUUUCAGGUUUACCUGUGAUCACAUCAUAUGUCUCUGUUGUAAUGAUGAAAAUCAAACAUAAUUUAGUUUUCUGUAUACAAACAACUCUUCUGUUUUUAAAUUGACUACUUCAAAAUCUGCAUCUCAGUAAAAGUGAAUGAUUCUAGUUUCUUCCCUUUAGUUCUGUAAGCUUUGAUUGUUCUGUUGGUAGUAUAUGGUCUGUCCAAAACAUUGGUGAUAGCCCCAGUUUGUGGACUAGUUCAUAUUCAGCCUCUGUUUGAUAAAAGAUGUUAUUUACUGUUAUUUGUGUUGCAAUUUUUUUGUCUUCUCAGGCAUGUACAGUACUUUGUUUAUACAUGAAGUCUUUUUUGUCCUGUAAACAUUGAUUGUUUGUAUAUUAUCAUAUCUAUUGAGACAUUUCCAUGUUUUUAAUUUCCAUGAAAGCUUUGGGUAAGAUAUGUUUUGAUGAUAGUACUUGAUAUGAAUGUUUAAGGAAUACUAGUGACAGAACUUCUACCACUAAGUGUUCUUUGUGCAUAGCAUAUUUUUUUUUCUCUCUUUUAUAUACGUUUUUACCACAUUUAUCAUUGCAUCAUAUCUACAAUCUAAUUGCUAGAGUCGGUCACCUUGGUGUGAUAUGGACAGAGAUAUGUUAACCAAAGAGCAGUGAUAACUGUCUCCCAAAACACAAUGGCGAUUGAUUAUGCUUUUUUAAUUCUGUAUAAUAAUGGAAGUUGUUGUUGUGAAAUGCAUAAUAACAUUGUCAAUGUCCCAUAAAAAUUGUUUUAGAAUUGAUAAUGUUGCACAUUUUGAUGUCAAAGUUAAUGUCAGCUGUCUUGGAGAGAAUGGCAGAUUUGCCUUUCCAUAGCAGACAAGAGAAUGCACCUGUGAAAUGUUAGAGAAGGCUCUUUAUCUAUAUGUACUUUGUGUAUUGUGUUGGGAUACCAAGGAAUCCAAAAAAUAGAAUCUAUUCAGAGUUUAGUUUAACAUGCAACCUUCACCAAAUUAUUACUUGCAGCCUCAUUAGAAAUUUGUCUGUCUGUGAUUGUAGGAAGAGUUUAAAUGAGCCAACAUUCAAAAACAAUGUCACUUUUAGUUGGUGUUUACAUCAGUUAAAACUGUUGAGAGUCAGAAUACAAAUGACAAAUCCUCUUCACUACUGAGACCAACCAUCGCCCUCUAGAGUUCGAUGUUUAGUAAUCCAGUAUGUAUUCCAUAAUUUGAUACAGUAUAACCUUGUGAUGCAUGGAUUUGUAACCGUUUUUAACUUGUAGACAAGUUUUUAUAAAAAUUCUUUGUAUGAUGUACAGUUGGAUAUAAAGAUUGUUAUGUAUGAUUUAUAUGAUGUUUUAUCAAUGAAAGACAUUGGAAUGGGUAAAAAGGAAAUACAUGAAAAUUAAGUGUCUUGAUAUACAUAUAUGGACACAGAGAAUUAUAAUAAUAAUUUAUGCAAAUUAAGAAUUUAAUCAAAUCUCUUGAUAAAAAAGAUCUCUGUGGUAUGAAAACCAAAUAUUUAAAGAAAAGUGUUGACCAUUCUGUAAUUUCCAGUCUCUUUGUUCAACCUUAGGUCAAUCCUCAAAACAAUUUAAUUGGGUGGGGGGGCAGACUUCAGUGGAAUGUGCUUUCCUCUGUUAUAACCAAUUAUGUCCUUUGAUAUGCUACAAAUAGUGCACAUAUUUAACAAUAUUUUGUAUUUGUUGUACCAUAUCUAACCUAGUUAAUAAUACUGAUUGUCCAACCUCACAGUUCAAUAAUUGGGACAUUUUGACAUACUUUUAACAUAUGUAACAAUUGUGUUCUUAUUUUAAAGUCUAAAUCGUCCUCAACACUUUAAGUUACAUAAAUGUUUUGCACAUUUGAUAGAAUAUCAUUUGUUGUAAUUAACUACACUUUUCUUUACUAUACAUUGAAGCUUUGUGCUUUGAUAGGGAUAAUAAAUACAAGACUUACAGCAAAAUGUAUCGCUUGAUGAGAUCAUAUCUGCAUUAGAAGUAAACCAGAUUUGAUUUUAAAACCUUAGAGAUGUAUGUACUUUUUAAAUCUUAUUGAAAUCACUACUUAAAGCUCCUGAUGAGGGCGGCUUGGAGGUUGAAGCAUGUCGACAACUCCUUAACUAAAUUUUAAAAAUGUGAUGGUAUAGAUAUUGAGGUACUUUAUUUCAAGAUAUCAUUUUUUAAAGGUUUGUAACCUAUUACUUUUAAGAAGAUGAGAAGUCUUGUUAAACGAUCGAUAUUUGUAAUUUAAGUACACAUGUUUAGAUGUGUAGCACUUAAUUCUGUCACAAAUUUCACAAUAAACUCAAGGUCUGAAAUUUGCCCAUCCUCUUUCUUUCACAAUUUCAUAAAUUGUAAUUAUAUGAAAUGGUGGUUGGUGAGACAUGUAAUAUAAUAUCUAUAUCAUUAUCACACACUUAAAUAUGAAACUAACAUUUUAUGCUCACUUCAAUAAGAUAGCUAGGACAGUUUGAUGAAGGUCUGAAAAUCUCCGCAUUUUUUAUGUAAGUUACGAUACAGUGAGCAGAGAUGAUGUGAAAUCAGCAGUGAGUGAAUACUGCUUCCUGUAUGUUCAUAUGUAAGCUAUGUGAGGUCAUAAAGGUCAUAUGAUCUUACACCAGAAUAAACUAUAGCCCUUAAUCAGGGAUAAGGGAGCAAGAACCUAGAACCCUAACAAUGGAUUAAUUUCUCUGGUAAGGUCAAUUUAAAUUUUUUUGGCUUCAUUUUGUUUAUUUUGUCAUGUGUAAUAUUGCAACACCAGGUUGAGUGACAAAGGCACCCUAACAUAAUGACAAAUACUUGCUACAUGAGAAUUUUAAAAGAAAAUAUCUAUAUACCUUAUAUACAAGCCUGAAGCAUAAUUAUGUAUAUGUCAUAAUUUCUGUGGUUAAAGGUUUAAACAUUUUUAUCAUACAUCAGAAAAUGCCAGUAAUGCUUGCUUUUAAUAGUCACUCAAAAAAGGCAAUUUUUGGACCAUGUGUUACUUCUGGUUUUAUAAAUGGUCAAAAAAUGGUCUAGGUAGCUUUUUUGUACAAAUAAAUUUUGCAUAAUGAUUAAAAGCUUAUUAAAUGCUUUAUUGUAUGAGAAGCUUAUUAUCUCCCUUGGUCUGCUCCGGUGUGUAGUAGAUAUUGAUUCAAAUAACAUUGAACUAUUUGUAGGUGUUUUUGCCUUUGAUAGAGCUCAUAUUUGACAUACAUGUACUUUGUAUACAGUAUUGAUUUAAAUUUAGAUUAGUCAUUUUAAUCAUCUUCAUUUUCAAAACAACUUACAUGUACCAGGAAUUUUACAUAUGUAUUUUGUGGUUGUCAACUUUUAGACAUUCUGUUUAUAAUGCAAUUUUCAAAAUUAUAUAUAUAUUUCUGUGUCUGCAAUGUCUAUAGCAACAGUGGCAUUAUCAUUGAUGAUUGUUUAACCUCAUCCAUCAAGAUAAUUACUGUGUUUCAAAGAAAAUAACUCAGAUAUUUAUGUAUUCUUGUUCAUUAAUGAAAAAAAAAAUGUUCCUGGAAAGUAAAAAAUAAGGCUUUCUGCACAGUUUUGUACAUUUUCAGUUAGAA